GAAACUACUUUUCUCUGCUCGUUGGCGGUUAUUACCGUAAAGGCCUGUAGGAUGAACAAAAUUAGAGGGGAUGGCUGACUUGACGAGAAAAAAAAAAUAAUAAUUAUUUGGAUGAAUGCGUAAAUAGAUGCAGCGCCCAUUUUGUGCACUGCCCCAGGUGUGAGGUUUAAAUCAAAGCAUCCUCGCUUACCGGGUCGCACGAACCUUAUUGUUUGGAAACCAUAUGAUUAAAAGUGAACCAAAGAUGGACUCACAGUUUCGGAUUGGUUUCAUUGGUGCAGGGAACAUUGCUUUCGGCAUUGCGAAGGGCAUCUUGUCUGGUAGUGUUCUUCCUACAAAUGUCAAAGUGAGUGCACCAUCUCCCAGGAACCUAGGACGCUUUCAGGAGCUGAACAUCUCUACUUCUCACUCCAACACAGAAGUUGUGUGCCAUUCAGAUGUUAUCUUUGUAGCAGUCAAACCUCAUAUAGUUCCAACUGUUCUCAGUGAGAUCUCGCAGCACGUCACUAAUAGACACACAAUUGUGUCUGUUGCAGCGGGAGUCACUCUGGCAACACUAGAGGAGCUCCUGCCAGAAGGUUCAUGUGUCAUCAGACUGAUGCCAAAUCUUCCAUGUGUGGUUCUGGAAGGUGCACUCUUAUUUGCACGGGGGACUUGUGCUAAACAAGAGCAUGGUGCCCUAUUGUGUUCAUUGUUGCACUGCUGUGGUUUGGUAGAAGAGGGACCUGAGGCCUGGCUUGACAUCCAUACUGGACUUAGUGGGAGCGGUGUUGCUUUUGUCUACCUGUUUGCAGAAGCACUGGCAGAUGGAGCAGUUAAAAUGGGAAUGCCUAGUACUCUCGCCCAAAGAAUUGCAUCUCAGACUGUUCUGGGUGCUGGUCAUUUACUACGUAACUCCAAUAAGCAUCCAGCUCAGCUUCGUUCAGAGGUUUGCACCCCAGGUGGGACAACUAUCUUUGGCCUUCAUGCUCUGGAACAAGGAGGUGUGAGGGCAUCAACCAUUACUGCUGUGGAAUCUGCCACUGAGAGAGCAAGGGAGCUUGGUCAGAUGUCUGCAGCACCUGGAAGCAGAAAAUAAUAGCUCCUAGUUGCCUUAUACAACUCUGUCAAGUCUUUUAAUUGCCGGAUACUUUUUUUCUGCUCUGAAAUAAAAUAAAAUAUUUCUUCUGA